CAUGGAAUCCUGGGCUGACCAGGGUAUUGCCCGAGUGGAUUCUGCCAGGUAACAGGGGCGGGCCAGCAUAAUGCCUGAACCGUUCAGUAGGCACCAUCCUCCUUUUCUUUUUCCUUCUAAAAAUCACUUGGUAACUGCAUUUGAAAUUCUGUGACAUGAAAUAAGUGUAUGGAGCACACAGAAUCAUGUAAAUAUAUUCUCAAUGAAGUACACUUUUGCAACGCAGUUGGUCUCACCAUUUCUAUUAUGUACAAUAUGGGAUAUUUAGGAUGCAGUGACCUAUGAGGAUGUGCGUGUGAACUUCACUCAUGAAGAGUGGGCUUUGCUGGAUCCUUCCCAGAAGAGUCUCUACAGGGAUGUGAUGCUGGAAAACUGCAGGAACCUCACUGCUAUAGGCUACAAAUGGGAAGAUCAGAAUAUUGAAGAACAUUGUCAAAAUUCUAGAAGACACGAAAGGUAUGUCAUCUGUCCCUCUGGAUACAAACCAUGUGAACAUGAGGAAUAUGGAAAGGAGCAAUGUAUCUCUGUCUCUCCUACAACUGUUAGAAGACAUAUAGUAGUCCCCACUAUGAGUAGACUUCGUGAAUGUGAUACAAACUUAGAGUUAAUUGGUUUUCCAACUACACUGGGAAUACACCAACAAACUCACACUGUACAAAAGCCUUGUGAGUACAAGGAAUAUGAGAAUUCUUCUGCCUGUAUUGGUUUACUUUGCACGUGGAGUGUGACUCACAGUAUAGAAAAAUGUUAUUCAUACAAUCAGUAUGGUGAAACACUGAGUUCUUCGAGUUCUGUUCAAAGAUGUGAUAAAACUCAUAUGGGAAAUGUAAGUGAUAAAUGUGAACCAUCUACUAAAGGCUUUAACCAUCACAGGAAUCUUCAAAUAUACAAAGGAACCCAUAACAAAGAGGAUCUCUUUGAAUGUAAUCAACAUGAUGAAGACUUUACACUUGAUUCCUCUUUACAAUUGCAUCAAAGAACUCAUUUGGAAAUAAAACCGUAUAAAUAUAAUCAAUCUGGAAAAGACUUUGCACAUCACAAUUGCUUUCAAGUACAUAGAACUCAUACUAAUAAGCAACCAUGUAAAUGUAAUCAAUGUGGUAAAGCCUUUGCAAGUAGCCAUAAUCUUAAAAUACAUGAAAGAAUCCAUACUGGAGAGAAACCCUAUAUAUGCAAUCAAUGUGGUAAAGCCUUUGUACAUUUAACUAGUCUUCGAAAUCAUGAAAAGACUCAUACUGGGGAGAAACCCUAUGUAUGUUAUCAAUGUGGUAAAGCUUUUGCCUGUCGAAGUAAUCUUCAAAUACAUGAAAGUACUCAUACAGGAGUGAAACCCUAUGAAUGCACUCAAUGUGGUAAAGCCUUUGCACAUAUCAUUUAUCUUCAAAGGCAUGAAAAAAGUCAUACUGAAUACAAACCAUAUGAAUGUAAUCAGUGUAGUAAAGGCUUUACACAAUUCAAUCGUCUUCAAAAACAUUUCAAAAGCCAUACUGGAGAGAAACCCUAUGAAUGUAAUCAAUGUGGUAAAGCCUUUAUAAGUCGCAGUAAUCUUCAAACACAUGAAAGAAUUCAUACUGGAGAUAAGCCCUGUAAAUGUACUCAAUGUGGUAAAGCCUUUGUAAGUCACCGUAAUCUUCAAAUACAUGAAAGGACUCAUACAGGAGUGAAACCAUAUGGAUGUAAUCAAUGUGGUAAAGCUUUUGCACAUUUCACUAGUCUUCGAAAUCAUGAAAAAAUUCAUACUGGAGACAAGCCCUAUGUAUGUAGUCAAUGUGGUAAAGCCUUUACAUGUCGUAGUAAUCUUAAAAUACAUGAAAGUGCUCAUACAAAAGUGAAACCUUAUGAAUGUAAUCAAUGUGGUAAAGUCUUUGCACAUAUCAUUUAUCUACAAAGACAUAAAAGAAGUCAUACUAGAUACAAACCAUAUAAAUGCAAUCAAUGUGGUAAAGGCUUUACACAGUCUAGUCAUCUUCAAAAACAUUUCGAAAACCAUACUGGAGAGAAACUUUAUGAAUGUAAUCAAUGUUGCAAAGUCUUUGCAAGUCACAGUAAUCUUCGAACACAUGAAAAAAUUCAUACUGGAGACAAGCCCUAUGUAUGUACUCAAUGUGGUAAAGCCUUUGUAAGUCACCGUAAUCUUCAAACACAUAAAAGAAUUCAUACUGGAGAAAAGCCCUAUAUAUGUAAUCAAUGUGGUAAAGCUUUUGCACAUUUCACUAGUCUUCGAAAUCAUGAAAGAAUUCAUACUGGAGAUAAGCCCUAUGUAUGUAAUCAAUGUGGUAAAGCUUUUGCCUGUCGUAGUAAUCUUAAAAUACAUGAAAGUACUCAUUCAGGAGUGAAACCCUAUGGGUGUAAUCAAUGUGGUAAAGUAUUUGCACAUACCGUUUAUCUUCAAAGGCAUGAAAGAAGUCAUACUAGAGAUAAACCAUUUAAAUGUACUAAAUGUAGUAAAGGCUUUACACAAUUCAAUCGUCUUCAAAAACAUUUCAGAAGCCAUACUGGAGAGAAACCCUAUGAAUGCAGUCAAUGUGGUAAAACAUUUGCAAGUCGCAGUAAUCUUCAAGCACAUGAAAGAACUCAUACUGGGGACAAGCCCUAUGUAUGUACUCAAUGUGGUAAAGGCUUUGCCAGUCGCCGUAAUCUUCAAACACAUGAAAGGAGUCAUACUGGAGAAAAACCCUAUGUGUGUGAUCAGUGUGGUAAAGCCUUUGUAAGUAGCAGUAAUCUUAAAAUACAUGAAACUAUUCAUACAGGAGUAAAACCCUAUGAAUGUAAUCGAUGUGGUAAAGCCUUUGCACAUACUGUUUAUCUUCAAAGGCAUGAAAGAAGUCAUAGUGGAAACAAACCAUAUGAUUGUAAUCAACGUGGUAAAGCCUUUGCAAGUCACGAAACCUUCCUUCAAAUACAUGAAAAAAGUCAUAUUGGAGAAAAACCCUAUGAAUGUAAUUGACGCACUAAAACUUUGCAGAUCAGGAUAAUCUUCAAACAUCAAAGAGUAGUGAAGAGAAACCCUUCAAAUGUCAAUAUGAUGAUGCCUCUUUAAAUUACAGUCUUCUUCAAAGGCAUAAAGAAUUACUCCUGGAGACAAACACCAUGAAUCUAGAAAAUUCAGUAAAGCUUGGCAUGGUCUCACUGGUGCUCAAAUAGAAUUAGUAGAACCAUUCCAUCAUUCAAAUAUUGUCCUCUUUUGAAACUAUAAGCAAAUUGCUACCAAAGAUAGAGGCACACAGAAUAAUUUGAGUAAUAGAACCUAUUUGUAAAUGACAAUGGUAUUUAUUCUACUAUCUAUUUUUUUAAUAUUAUUUGUUUAUUCUAAGGACUAAAUGUUUGUUCCUAACACUUUCUUAGAACACAAAUGACAGAGAAUUGUCUCAGUGGGUAAAGUUGCUGCUCAGCCUGAUGACCUGAGUUCACUCUCUGGGAUACACACAUUACUCUUACCAAUUUUUCUCUGAUUACUACUUGGGCUGUGGCAUAUGCACACCACCCGCCUACACACAUGAAUAUUUUUGAAACUGACAUAAGGAUCGGUGAGGUCAAGCACCUACCUAUUUAAGGCACUUGCUUCCAAACUUGACUACCUCAAUUUGAUCUCUAGUACUGACAUAAAGGAAGUAGAGAAUACACAUGUGUAAGUUGUCCUCUGCCUGGCACAUGCACAACAUGGCACAGGUGUUUACAUACUAGUAAAAAAAAUUCCUGAGGAGAUGAAAUUAAAGAAAAUAACCAAAUCAUUGAGAACAUAGGAAAUGAUUUGCCAAUUGAAAACAAUACAUUAUGGCAUUCUGUCAUGUCACUUUAACAAAAUAAGAUUUACUGUUUAAAUCUUACAUUAUUUGUCUCUGACCCAAUGAUAGGUCAUUUUAUAAACAUAUCCCAGCUGGGCAUAGUGGUGCAUUUUGGAGACAUGCAAAUGGAUCUUGCUUAGUUUGAGGCUAUCAUAGUCCACAUAGUGAUGUCCAGGAUACUUAUGGCCAUAUAGAGAGAUUCUUUCUCAAAGAAAAAAUUAAGUAACUGUAGCAUAUAUGACAUUAUGGAAUUUUUCCUAACUUCAACUGGACUCAUCUCUACCCAACCCUUCAUUUUUUUCACUCACAUCAAAAGAAGUGUAUUAAUGACAGUAAGAAGCAGUGUACAGAGUUCACUCACAGAGGGAAAGAAAUCAUUGAGUCAUUUGAGGACCAUGUAGCCGGGAUUUUCAUCACCUCCCAAGUGAGAGAAGAUAGGAAUCAUGGGGCAUCUUCAUCUUCUGAAUUAUAAUGAUGUAUUUGAAUAAUAGAGAGUUGUCUCAGUACUUCUGCUAUAGGGUACCCAAGUUUGGUUCCUAGCACCCACAUCAGAUGGUUCAGAACUACCUGUAUUCCAGAUCCAAGAGAUCUGAUGCACUCUUCUGGCGUCCUUAGGCACCAGAUAUGCAAAUGGUGAAAAAACAUACAUCAUAUAUUUUAUAUACUAUGAUUUUCUCAUUCUAAGAAUAAAAACUUGGAAAAAGUCCUUUUAAAAUAUGGAGUCAUAUAUAUAAUAUAUGUAUGUAAUAUAUAUUUAAUUGUUUAAAUAAAUAUGGGAGAGACUUAUAAAAAGUGUUCUAUGUAUUUUUUUACAAAUUGAAAUAAAAAUAACUUAGGUAUAUGGUCAGAACAGAACAUGGUCCUAGAGUAGAGCUGUAUGAGGGGAUUUCUGAAUGCAUGGGAGAACACUCCCAAAAAUAAAACACAGGAGUCUUGUGAACUCAGUUUCUUCAAAACACAGAAUUGUUUUUGGAUUUUUUCUUUUUUGUGCUCCUUCCAGGUAUAGCAGAUAAGAGUGAGUUUACUUCAGAUUACUCAUUAUUGCUUGCAGUUUGUUGCUACUCAAUUAAAUGUUUAAACUAUCCUUCCUGUGUCUAUAUGGAAAAAUAUGUUUUCCAUAUCUGGCUUAUCCUUGCCAUUGUAUACAGCUUGAUGUCAUGAGAACCUUAUUCAUAAGAACAUCUUAACCCUCAGAGUAUAAAGUGUGUUGGGCCCUGAAUAAAGUUGUCUGUUGUGUGAAACUU